AUGGAUCCUAUCGGUGCAAAACAUACGUAUUUAAGGAGGCUCGUUCAUAAGUUUCAAGCUAGAAGAGAUAUUCCUUUUCGUAAGAAGUUUUUUGUGGGUUAUGACUUAGCAGGCAAUACAUAUUGGGAGUUCACUCCAGAUGGUAAUAUGCGACGAUUAAGAAGAAAGCUUGAGCCAUUUGAGCCAAAAUUAUUCAAAGUGGAUUAUUUUCUGGAAGUGCCACCUCAGUGGUUGCAAUGGCUCAGGCAGACGAGGCCUGAUCCACCGAGUUUGGAAGAGUUAGUGAAUGAUAAAAUCAGACAGCAAAAAAUUAAGAUAUUAGCGCAACAAGCUGACGAGAGGUGGCAAUCGGAGAAAGAGAGGAUGGAGCAAGAAAACCAAAUCAAAUUAGCUUCGGAAUUAGAGAGAUCCAAGAGUGAAUCGAAGACAUAUGAAUCGAAGCCUGAAUCUCAAAAUGAGAAUAAACAAGUAAAAGAGGAUAUUCACAAAAGUGAUGAACAAGAACACCUCAGUAAUACUGCUUCAGACCACUUGGAUAACCUGAACAAAGAUGAUCAAAAUCCAUGGAAACAGGCUGAGAUAUCAAAAGAUGAGAACCCCAUUGAAUCUGCGAAGUUCAAUGUUCGACAAAGAUGA